UGAGCUUCUGAAUCAUAAGGACAUUGUAGCAGAUAAUUUUAUGUAUUAGGUCCCAUUGUCUAAGCCCCAAAUUUCAAGUCUGGUGGCAUAAGGUUGCCUUGCUCCACUCAGUAAAUAACUGAACUUAGCCCCAGGUGGGGGGAGGGAGGAGGAAACACCGCUCAACCCUUUCUCUGAAUUGCCAGCGAACUCUGCUCUCUAAAAACAAACAUUCUUCGGGAUAGAACGUUCUCCUUUGCCCUCUGACUGCACUCCCCUUGCAGGCUCUUUCGUGGCCAAAAUUAAUCCCCAAAGCCGGAGCGGAUCGCCUUGUUUUUUCCUUGCUAGAGCCGUCGCGCCCAAUAGUUUGAAGGAGGGAACCUAAUUUCAAGGAGUGUUUCCAAUAGUUUCGGAGCCGCUUUCCUAAGCUGAAGCCGGAUUCCGGCUCCUGCAAUCGAAGCAGCGCUCGGAUCAGGCCCCUUUCUUGCAGCCCCGCGGAGAUGCGGACCCUCGGCGGCCCAGGAGCCCCCGCUCGGCUCCUCCAGCUGCUGCUGCUGCUUCCGGCUUCCUUGGUGCUGGCGGACCCGGAGAGGCCUCCGCGCGCCGCGACCGACUCCGCCCAGCUGCUCCUCGGGAAGCUUCCUGUCGGAGGCCCGAUGGAGAUCCCGACGUCCCAUUACGCGGCCAACAGAGCCGCCGGCGUGGUGUUCCACUACCUCACCUAUCAGCGCGGGAGCCCGCACAGGCUGUUCGAAAUGGGGCGAGUGAAGCAAGCCAGCCUGGAGAACAUUCCAGGUUCUGGGCAUAAAUACCGUCUUAAGUUUGAAGUGAAAGAAAGCAUUGAGAAUGGCACGUACCAGGAUUGCACAGCCGAGAUACUUUAUCAUCUUGGUGACACACCUGUUGCUCCUGAAAUACAUUAUACUAUGGAAAGGGCGUUUAAGACACAUUCGACAGAAGCAGACAACCUAUUCUACAGCAGAAUUCAGCACCUGACUGAGCCAUUAGAGACCCGAAAUAUACCAGAUAAUGAUGGAAAUAUGACAGAAGAAAUGAAGCCUAUUUUCAACUUAGCCAAGGUUGCCUCUGGAUAUAUAGUAUGGCAGAAUUCAACAGAAAACACCUUGUACAAUAUGAUUCAAAUUAAAAAUGUCAAACAAGUGAAAAGAAAUGAUGACUAUCUUGAAUUUUCCUAUGAGGUUUUAUUCCAUGAUAUUGUCUCCCAGGAAAUUAUUCCUUGGCACAUGCAAGUUCUAUGGCAUCCACAGCAUGGAGUGAAAGUAACACAGAAUAGUCGCCAGUCAAAGUGAUAUUAAUUAAAUCUUGUUCUUCAAUUGAUGAGGUGAAAGCAACUACAUAACAGCUGGUAAAAAUACUGCUUGGAGGUUUUAGAUACCCUUCCAAUUCUGAAUAUCCUCCAAGAACUUAAAUAAAUAUCCUUGACUCUGG